AUGUCUCAACUACCAACUGAUUUUGCUUCAUUGAUCAAGAGAUUCCAAUUCGUUAGUGUCUUGGAUUCUAAUCCUCAAACGAAAGUCAUGUCCUUGUUGGGAACCAUUGACAACAAGGACGCUAUUAUCACGGCUGAAAAGACGCACUUCUUGUUUGACGAAACCGUGAGAAGACCUUCUCAAGACGGCCGCUCCACUCCUGUUUUAUAUAACUGUGAAAACGAGUAUUCUUGUAUCAGCGGGAUUCAGGAGUUAAAGGAAAUUACUUCCAAUGAUAUUUACUACUGGGGGUUGUCAGUGAUAAAGCAGGAUAUGCAGUCCAAUCCUACAGCCAAGUUGAAUUUAAUUUGGCCCGCCACUCCAAUUCAUAUCAAAAAGUAUGAACAACAAAACUUUCAUUUAGUCAGAGAGACCCCUGAGAUGUACAAGAGAAUUGUCCAACCUUACAUCGAAGAAAUGUGUAAUAACGGUAGACUCAAAUGGGUAAACAAUAUUCUUUAUGAAGGCGCCGAGUCUGAAAGGGUCGUCUAUAAAGAUUUUUCUGAGGAGAAUAAGGACGACGGAUUCCUAAUCUUACCUGAUAUGAAAUGGGAUGGUAUGAACUUGGACUCUUUGUACCUAGUUGCCAUCGUUUACAGAACCGAUAUUAAGACGAUAAGAGAUUUGAGAUAUUCUGACAAACAAUGGUUAAUCAACUUAAACAACAAGAUUAGGUCCAUUGUUCCUGGUUGUUACAACUAUGCUGUUCAUCCGGAUGAGUUGAGAAUUCUGGUUCACUACCAACCUUCUUAUUAUCACUUCCACAUUCACAUCGUUAACAUAAAGCACCCUGGUUUAGGCAAUAGUAUUGCCGCUGGCAAGGCUAUCUUGUUGGAAGACAUCAUUGAAAUGUUAAAUUAUCUAGGACCAGAAGGUUACAUGAACAAGACAAUCACCUAUGCUAUUGGUGAAAAUCAUGAUUUGUGGAAAAGAGGUUUGGAAGAAGAACUAACCAAACAAUUGGAAAGAGACGGUAUCCCGAAAAUACCUAAGAUUGUGAACGGCUUCAAAUGA